UCCAGAAGCGGGUGGAAACCAAAAUUCAAAAAUGGAAUAAAAAACUCAAAAACCACGCCAAAAACGUCUUCAAAAGUUUAGUUCUGAGGAAAAAGUGCGCUUAAUUCAAGCUGUGGAGGAGCGCCCAGUGUUGUGGGACUUGGUCCACAAAAAGCAUUUCGAUGCUGUGUUUAUGAAGAGAACCUGGGAGGAGAUUGCACUGGUCAUGGACAAAGAUUAUAAUAGUUGCAAGCUGGCUUGGAAGUCCCUGCGGGACAGCCUCAAGUAUCACAACAAGGUCAGAAAGCAGAAGAGUGGAAGUGCUGGAGGAGAUCUACUGGAGAAGCCCAGUGGAAAGGAGUGUGCCGAGUGGGAAUUCGCUCCGUACAUGGACUUCUUGCCGGACGUGUCCUCGCAAAGAAGCAGAACCACCAGUAGUGCGAUCUCAGACGAGAUCUCCAUUGAAGACUGGACACUGGACUCCACCACAAUCAGCUCUCUGCAGCUGAAGCGGAGCUGGAGGCCGCGCUACAGGAUGAGGUACCCGAGGAAUUAUAUACCUACGGAGAAGGAAAAAAGCCACCCCCAAAGAAGCGAAAGCUGGAUGGUGAUGGCUCACCAGCCGUGGCCAUGUGUAACAUGCUGGGGGAAUUCCUGCAGCAUCAGCGGGACAACACCACUGUUUCAAGGCCCAUAUUGACCUAUUGGAAUGGGGAGCUGAACGCCAUGCGUCCGGAAGAUGCUGCCAGGGUGGAGAAGAAGAUGACGCAGCUUCUGUGGGACGAGAAAG